GCAUUUUCCUUCCUCAAUGCACCGGUCGUACUUGGUCAACUCACACUUCUUGUCGCCAGUAUUGUCGCAUUGACUGAUAUUCCAAUCUUUAACCUCUUCCUCAUUGGUCAGCCUUUCGAGAUGACUAGUACUCAAGUCGGCCUCUCCAUAGGACUUCGUGGAAUAGGAUGCGCGCUAGUGAAUGGUCUCUUUGUCCUCUUCAACAUGUUCGUUCUUCAGCCGAAGCUUGCUGUCGUGGGAGCGGCGGCGUCCAAGGGCACUAUAGCUGAAAUCGGUUCGUCGGUUGGUGCGUCAUCUGAGGAGGUCGGCAAACCCUACGAUGAGGCCGUCAUGCGGAGGAGGAAGAUGCGUCAGGCGCGCAGGAUCAUGAUUUACAUGUUGGUCACCGUAGUGUCCAUUAUGACAGUCAGCCGGUUUCUCUAUGGCAUUUCAGGCAGUUUCGCCUCUCCCAGCUGCUAUUUCGUCCUCUUUCUAGGCAUGGUACUUAACUCCGUCCAAUUCUACGCGCCGCUGGUACGAGCUCUGAUGUCAAGCAUGGUACCAUCGGAAACGCAAGGUGCUUACUUAACUUGUCCCGUUUUCAUUGUUGUCUUCUGUUUGACAUAA